UUCAGCCGGCGGCAGGGGAAGUCCCGGCGCCCGGAGAAACCUCCUCCCGUGCCGCCGCGCCGCGCCGCGCUCCGGCCGCCCGCUCGGCCGCCGUCUCCGGCGGCCCCAUGCCCCGAUGCCCCGCGGGGGCCAUGGACGAGGGGCCCGUGGACCUGCGCACCCGGCCCAAGGCCACCGCAGCCCCCGGCGCCGCGCUGCCGCUCCGCAAGCGCCCCCUGCGCCCGCCCUCCCCGGAGCCCGCCGCCCCCUGCGGUGCUGCGGGCCCCGUCGCCCCCCUGGACCCCCUGCGUGGCGGCUGCGACACGCCCGCGAUCCCUGGGGUCCCCCACGGCCUGGCCAGGCCAGAGGCGUUUUACUACCCCGGAUCUUUACUGCAUCUGUACUCCACCCCGACUCUCAGCUCCCCCUUUUCUCUGCUGAAUCCACCUGCACCCCUGUACCCGAUAAUGUGCCAAAUGGAACACCCUCUGUCAGCCGACAUUGCCAUGGCUACCCAUGCAGAUGAGGAUGGAGACACGCCUCUCCACAUUGCUGUGGUGCAGGCUAACCUGCAUGCUGUCCACCGGCUAGUCAACCUUUUCCAGCAUGGCGGCCGAGAGCUAGAUGUCUACAAUCACCUUCGGCAGACACCACUCCACCUGGCUGUGAUCACCACAUUACCGUCUGUGGUCCGGCUCCUGGUGACAGCUGGUGCCAGCCCCAUGGCGCUGGAUCGCCAUGGCCAGACGGCAGCUCACCUGGCGUGCGAGCACCGUAGCCCAACCUGCCUUCGGGCACUGCUGGACAGCGCGGCCCCGGGCACGGUGGAUCUGGAGGCCCGCAAUUACGACGGGCUCACUGCCCUGCACGUGGCGGUGAACAGUGAGUGCCAAGAAUCGGUGCUGCUCCUGCUGGAGCGCGGCGCGGACAUCGACGCUGUGGACAUUAAGAGCGGCCGCUCCCCGCUCAUCCACGCCGUAGAAAACAACAGCCUUAGCAUGGUGCAGCUGCUGCUGCAGCACGGUGCCAACGUGAACGCUCAGAUGUACUCGGGCAGCUCGGCGCUGCACUCGGCGUCCGGCCGCGGGCUCCUGCCGCUCGUGCGCACGCUGGUCCGCAGCGGAGCGGACAGCGGCCUCAAGAACUGUCACAACGACACGCCGCUCAUGGUGGCCCGCAGCCACAGGGUCAUCGACAUCCUCAGGGGGAAGGCCACCCGGGCUGCCUCGGCAACACAGAGGGAGCCCUCCCCGGAGCGCAGUGCCGCCACCUCCCCCGAGAGCAGCAGCCGUCUCAGCUCUAACGGACUUCUGUCUGCAUCGCCAUCCUCUUCGCCCUCCCAGUCUCCCCACAAGGACCCCCCAGGAUUCCCUCUGGCUUCUCCCAACUUCUUCCUUCAUCCCCCAUCUCCGCCCACCUUUCUGCACUUCCCUGGGGUCCUCCGAGGCCCUGGCCGGCCGUUGCCCCCCUCCCCAACUCCAGGAGACAGCUGAGAAGGAUGGGGGGGGCAGAUCUGGACUCAUGAGGAGGGGGCCCCCUGAACCCCACGGGGCAAACCCUUCUGGAAACUGUGAAGAUGUCACUCUGCCCCCCCCCCAAUCUUUGGGACCAUUGGUGCAGUAAGGCACAUGCGCCUACAACCUGAACCCCUCUUUUGUGCAUAGAUCUUUCCCCAUCUCCUGUCCGUGUUG